GCGACGCGUGCGUCUUCUCUUUUGUUGGUUUUGCGAACCUCACGAGACUCGCGUGUCUCGCACAGCGUGACUAGUCUUGUCCGUGUUCGCCCACCUGUUCGCUCCAGUAAGUCGAUCGCGAGUAUCAUGACAACGAAUGUUAUGUUCCGUGUAAUAAUCGGCGACUUGUCGCUUGGUGCACGUGCGUCAUCGUUGUUGUCGUAGCUCCGUUACCUUGUGUUUCCGUGUUUCACCAGGGAUACCUGAGAUUUCGAGGGGUUCUCGCGAGUGAUCUGACAACCUCGCGGUCCAGGAUCUGCCACGCGAUCAUCGCGACGCGAGUGUCGUGUUUCGAGCACCGUAAUUUCGUGAUAGGUGGUUUACUAUCCGGCUAAACUGGAACAGUGUGCUUGCUACUGGUACGUUGCAAUAGAAGAAGAAACAAACGGUGUGAGGAAAAAUCUGUUGCAAUCGUGUUAGAAAUCAGUGAACCAAUCUCUCGGUGAUAAUUAGUGCGAAACACUCCUUGGAUUAUGACCGUUGGGUAGAUGACACUUGGCAUUCCGUCGUCGUAGGGUCGACGCAGCUUUCCACCUCCAUGAUACGGUUUCUACUCGUCAAGAAAAUCAUCAUGACUCGGUCGAAGGACACGUGAGAAUAAUCUAGUCGACCAAUUAGUUCGCUUAACGCCGUAACUAAUAUCACGGUAUAUCGGCGAACGUACAUGAACCUAUGUAACUCGUGAACAUCGGGGAGGGAGGAACGAAAGAAAGAGAGAGGAAAGGAAAAAAGGAAAAGAAGAGGAACAAAGUGAAAGACGAAAAGAGGAAAAGCCGCGAGAUACUAAAGCGUGGCAAAGUCGCGGCAGCAGCUGUGUCGCGGUGAAAGUACGAAAGAAAGUCGAGCGUAAAUGCUCGUAGGGGCGCUUAAGCGAGUUUACACGCGGGCAAGCGUACCGUGAGCCGGCUCGAAACGUUAGAAACGCUCGAACGUGAAAACGCGACCGUGCGCUUGUGAGGGAUGCGGCCCAUGGGCGAAGGGUGGGGUCUUUGGGCACCGAUAAGGCUUAUCCGAAGAUACGAUGGCCGGCUGCUCGGCUCUUGUCGUCAGUCGUAGUGCUCAGGUGGAGUCGACAAGAGCGCCGUUCGCUUUAAUUCACGCCGAUAUCGUGAGUUCGCGUCUCUUCUACGUACGAGUAUCAUCGCUGCUAUCGUAUCCGGUUGACCGACCUCCAGUUGAAUUAGACGCAGCCACGGAAACGCCAGAGGACCUCGACCAGGUGGCGGAGGGUGCUUGAGAACGACGACAACCUUGAAAUAGACCAAGAGGAAUCAGCCAAUCGAGAGUCCGCGUGGUCGAUAACUGGGAUUAUUCGACAGCUUCGUAUCGAACGUUAAACGUCGCCAAAGUUGCGCCAAAAGUCUACAGUAGUAACAUUGAACAGAUUUCCCUAGAGACAGAUUGGUGUCUGUAUCAGUGCAACCGUAUCUCGUGAACAGUGUAUGCUUUCUGUGUCUAAUAUUAAAAAAAAAAAGAAAAAAAGAGAAAUAAUUCGUGACCGUACAAUUGAUGAUUCGGUGGAAUUGUUCGAAUAAAGAAAAAGGGGAGUAGAAAGACGAAAAGUGUGUUUUCUUGAUGAAAGUUCCGUUUGUAUAUCCGUAAUCCGUUUGUUGACUCACACGUGUGUAGUAGUUAGUGUUUGAGGGUUGAUACCUUCAAACCGGAAACGUCGAGUAAUCCUGUCUUCCUCAAGGAUAAACGAGGCUGAGGGAGGGAGGCACCGAGAACCGGUCGCAAGGAGGAUUCCUAUGAAAAUGCUUCAAUCUUUGAAUGCUCUGGCGGGUAAGAUCUCGCCGGGCUCGCCAACCGACAGCAACGCAAACAAAGUGCACAUGCACAACAACAACAACAACAACAACGUCGUGCAUCAUCAUCAUCAUCCGUACUCGAAGCAACAGGCGCAGCAGCCGUCGCCGUCGUCGCAGUCGAGCAACGGCGACCAAAAGGAAAACACCAUAAUGAACAACAAUGGCGUAGAGCAACCAGACCCCGACAACAUAAAAAUGUUCGUAGGUCAGGUACCUCACGACAUGGACGAAAACGAUCUGAGGAAGUUGUUCGAGGAGUUCGGUCGGGUGCACCAGAUAAAUAUCUUGCGGGACAAGAUCACCGGAAGUCAUAGAGGAUGUUGCUUCGUAACAUUUUAUACGAGAAAGGCCGCUUUGGACGCCCAGAAUGCUUUGCACAACGUAAAAACCUUCAGCGGGAUGCGCCAUCCGAUCCAGAUGAAACCUGCGGACAGCGAAAACAGAAACGAACGUAAACUGUUUGUUGGCAUGCUGUCAAAGAAGUUCAGCGAAAACGAUGUUAGGAACAUGUUUAGCAUUUAUGGAACCAUCGAAGAAUGUUCGGUGCUGAGAGACAGCACCGGAAAAAGUAAAGCCUGUGCCUUCGUUACCUUCGCUAGUAAACAAUACGCUAUCAACGCCAUUAAAGCUCUUCAUCACUCACAAACGAUGGAGGGAUGUUCGUCGCCGCUGGUUGUGAAAUUUGCAGACACGCAGAAGGAAAAGGAUCAGAAGAGGAUGCAACAGCUUCAGACGAAUCUUUGGAAUAUAGCAGGAGUCAACAUGGCGCCGCAUUACCUGACUAACGACACGCCUGCUUUGGCGCCAGCCUCGUUGCAACUGUUGCAACAACUUCAGGCGACAACGAGCGCGGCGACUCCGGUCGCGGCAGGUGCUGGUGCAAGCGCGUUGUCGAGCGUACAGCAUCAAUUGUUACUGCAACAACACCUUGGCCUCGGCGCGGCGACUCCUGCGCAUGCGGCGGCCCCCGCCGUACCAAGCCCGCCAGAAAUUAACCCUGCGAACCUCCAAGGCCUGGCGACGCUCGCGUCCUUGAGCAAUACCGCCGGUGAGUAUGCGAAUGCAGGAGUAUCACCGAUGAGUAUGCAGAACCUGGUCACCCUGGCAGCCAUGACAGGCGGAAACGGCAACCUUCAGGUGUCGCCAAACACGUUAAGCGGACUGGCGAAUUCGACAGCAGGUAUGUCGCUAUCUGUCCUUCUUGGAAAGACCGGAAAUACAGGGUCUACCGGAGGUAGUCUCAGUCCUGUGACGUCCCUAGCGCUCAAUUCCCUUACGGGUACACCUCUAAAUGGAUUGCAGGACUCUUUGAGCAACGCUUACUCCAGCUUACAACAGUAUGCAGGGUUCCCCGCGUUCACGGCAGCGGCAGCCGCAGCUGCGGCUGCGGCCCAAAAGGCAAAAUUCACCAGCACGGACAAGCAGAUAGAGGGUCCUGAAGGAUGCAAUCUAUUCAUCUAUCAUCUACCGCAGGAGUUCAGUGAUACUGACUUGGUUUCAACAUUUUUGCCAUUUGGGAACGUCAUCUCGGCAAAAGUCUUCAUCGAUAAGCAAACGCAACUGAGCAAGUGUUUUGGCUUCGUGUCGUACGACAAUGCGGCAAGCGCGCAAGCAGCGAUCCAAGCGAUGAAUGGCUUCCAAAUCGGCAUGAAACGGCUGAAGGUCCAACUUAAACGAUCCAAGGACGCAUCGAAACCCUACUAGCCGACGUCGUCCACCGUUUGUAGGUAGAUACCAAGGACUUCUCGGAUACCACGGCUCGGAAUCAACGACCUUGGUGUCCUUAAUCAAAAACCAAAAAAAAGAAACCACUAUUGACACAUUCCAUAAACCUCGCGACGUCGAUCAUCGAUCGGGAAUGUUUCUCGGUCUGGAUAGAUAACAGAUAGAUAAUUAAAUAGAUAAAUGGAUAGAUAAAUAGGUAGAUAGAUGGAUAGAUAGAUAGAUAGAUAUAUAGAUAGAUAGAUAGAUAGAUAGAUAGAUAGAUAGAUAGAUAGAUAGAUAGAUAGAUAAAUUGAUAAAUAGGUAGGUAGGUAGAUAGAUAGGACUAGGUAUUUUCAAUCGACCAAAGUGUCCAGCAGAUAUCGCUAGCAAAAAAUCUCUAGUCAAGCAGUAAUUUUUAUGAAGGUCAAAAAAAAGUCCUUAAUAGUCUUCUUUGCUUUUAGACGCCAUAAAGAGGAAUUUACGAGACUGUGAUAAAAUUGAAGACUUACUAUAUCGUCAUAACUGUGUUGCGAAGAAUAUAUAAUUAGGAAGAACGUUCUAUAGAUACACAUAUAGAUAUCUGUAUAUUUUGUUCUUGUAAAUGUUUGGAGUAGCUCCAAAUGAGAACUAGUUUUCUCUAGAGUUCAAAUCUCUCCGCAUGACAGUCCGUCCAUAUUAUCAACAUGCAUAUUUUGAUUAUUCUUAUAUCAAGAUGAUUAUAUCUAUUUUUCUUCGUUUGACUGCUGUAUAUCUGUAUUUCCCAUGAUAUACGUGAUUUUUAUUGACCGUAACAUUCUUCGAAAUCAAUAUCUCGUAUUAUGGAUAGGAUUCAAUGGCGCUUACAAGUGAUAUAGAAGUUUUGUUCUUGUCGAAUGCAGUGGUAACUCAUCGAAUAUUUCGGUUCCUGUUUUUUUUUUUUGCCGGUGAUGAGAUACAACGAAUAACUAUUGUGUAUGUCUUCUUCCUCUAUCUCUUUUUUUCUAUUUAAAUUUUGUUUCUUUCUCUUACAACGCUUUCCAAAGCAUAACUAGAAAAGACAUUGUAGUAUAUACAUGUUCAAUUAGCAUGUAGAUCGUUGAGAGCUUUUUUGUAAUACGUAUAAUUUACGUAUCCUUUGUGACCGUGUAAGAGACAUUGUGUUUGUAUGCAAAUAAUUUUAGUUCAUAGAAUAUAUUAUAUACGUGAUAUAUUCCAAAUGAAAAAUCCCAGAAAGCUAUAAAAUAAAUAAUCUUUUGUCUAUGUUUCGAAACUGUAUUUAGUAGUUUCUAGGAUUUACUUAGAUUUACAUUUUUCAUUAAUAGGACCUUUCAAAAUUGUAUGUAUAUUUCUUUGCUGUACGGUAUUUCAGGAAAAUACGAAUCGCAGCAGGACAAUGACACUUAAUCGUGCCGCAUCAAAACGAGACCUAAAAGUAUUCUUAAAUACCAUUGCUCGAUAUACGUACAUAUUCGAAGAUGCAAGCCUGCCCAUUCUAGCCCUUUACCGCCCCACCAGACCUCUUAAUUCGCGCCAGUGGUGUAAUCAAAAGUUCGUUUCGUUGCAAACGGCUGCCAAUCAAGCUUUCUGUGCUAACUUUUGUGCACAAAGUGGAAAUUACGUAAACGUGAAGUUUCACUAACCAAAUUCACCAUGUAGCUUCUCCUCAGAAUAUCAGAGUACAAGUAGUUCGCUUUAAGUUUUUUUCUCUCACGCAACGUUUUAGUUUCGUACAUUUAACUAAACUUUUGUUGUUGUUGAUCUUAUUUUUACUUGUUUGUUUUACUAUUUUUAAAAGGUCUGCUUCUAUCGUUCCUUUUUUAAUCGUUACAUAUGCAUUAUAUUUAUAUACCUCUACAUCUACAUAUACAUAUGUAUAUACACACACACACACACGCACACGCACACGCACGCACGCACACACACACACACAUGCUUCCAGUAACUUCGCCGAUAAUUAUUUUGUUCGUUAUCCGACAUAAGGUACCGAUGAAAACAAUCGCCACGAUCUACCUUACUAAUUUAAUUUUCUGAUUACGCCACUAUAUUUUACAGUUGUAAUCGCGAUAAUCGGUCCCCCGUUGUUGUCGUCAUUCUUUCUUUUUUUCUUUUUUUUUUUUUUUUUAUUGUACAGGGUACACAGAACUUGGAACGUUUUAUCGUGACAAUAAUACUCGUAUAUCGAAGUUUGAUGGUUAAUUUACGCUAUGACGCUUCUUUAGUUGUUAGUACUAACAUCGCCGUGUGUUCUUUUUUUCUGGGAUGUCGUCGGACGCCGGGUACCAUUAUUGCCAGCAGUGGUUCAUCGAUUUUCUUCUUCCUAAAAUAUGUAUUCUACUAUUAUAAAGUCUUUACUAACGAUCGUUUGAUUCGUUUAUUUACUUACUUAUGCAAAGAAUGGGCGCGUCGAUGAACCACGAUGACAUAAAAGAAGCAACAAGAAUCGAAUAACAUUAAGACUGAUUAAAUGAUAACGUUACCAUCCUUAUUAUAUUUCUUUUAUUAGAAAGUAAUAAAACAGAAUAGAUCCUUGUCGCUCCUACAUAGGAACGAUGUACCGACAAACUACCUGUGUACACGUUGCGCGGUGACGUUAUAUCCACAAGAUCUUGCGACGGUGUUUCUAUUCGACUCAUUUACAUUAGCAAAUUCUGGUGGGUUGCAAAGCGCUACUAUCUACCUCGGUGAACUUGCUAGUCCCUAUAUAUUCAUUUUAUGUUUGCUAUCUUUUUUUCAACGUUAUCAAGGAAAGAACGCGGAAGAAGAAAGUUGGCAAACCUAUCAGGAUCGUUGGGAAAAGCAGAAACCAGCAAAACGCAAACAGUCGUAAGGGAAAAGUUCCGCAGGUUCUAAAAAGAAAGUUUGAAUGAACAUCGCGCUGAUUCGUCACCGUGCACGUUUACGCGGUGUAAUAUCCUACAUAUCUGGUGUGUGGUGGUGACUAACCUGUCCGUGUGUUUGUUUGUGUGCCAGCAGGUGGCCUGUGACGUUGUGACCGUGUUCUCGAUCGGAGUCGCCGUGCCAUGUCUCAGUCAGUCGAAUCGGUCAAUCAUUCGAUCGAUCAGUCAAUCGAUUAGUCAAUCGAUUAGUCGAUCAGUCACGAUUCCUUGGUCAGCCUCUUGAUCAGUCAUUCUGUGUCUGUCGGUACCUGUAUACACCUGUCCACUCUCGCUCCUCUACAAGAAGCGGCAGCCCGCUCUACUUCCCACAUAUAUACCAUUGUAUUACCAUACGAUGCUUCCUACUCUUUUUCCCUACACGACCACCCUGGAAGAAAAACAAAACAACACCUCCUCCAACGAAUCCAUCCACCUAUGCGUGCACCGUUUCCAUCCACGGUCACCAAUGCUUGGUCAGUACGACAUUUAACCGGGAAUAGCAGCACAAUAGCAGCACAGUGACUGUCAAUUGUGGCGAGUUACAAUCUGUGAACGCGCUGAUCCGUGAUAAAUAAAAAAACUGAUACAAAGAAAGAAAGAAAGAGAAGAAUCCUCAACGAUCAUCUGCCAGCUUUUAAAAACUCUGGACCAGGUCGGUGCGAAAUUAGUCGAGGUGCGGAAACGGAAACGAGGAAUCGUCGUGGGAAAAAUAAACGCUCGAUCGCGCGUUACAAAAAUUCGAGAGAGACCAGGGAAACGACGAUAUAUCAUCGUUUAGAAUCGAACUAGCAUGUAAAGAGUAGCUAAGCGGAAGCCGGAGCACUACCGAUCGAUCACUAUGUUUUUAUGUUCCUUGGGCUAAGCUGUAACACACCGCUACAUUAUCUUUCUGUUUCUCUGUAUGUGUGUAUAUAUUUAAUUAUAUUUUUCACAGAACCAGUUUAUAAUUACUUAUAGUAAAUGCCAUAACAUAUGUAUCUUUCGGCGAUGUGACAACCUCACUAGAGAGUAACAUUGCUCUUACUACAUCGCCACCUUGUACGUAGUUAAGGAUAACAGUGAUUCUAACAAAUAUUUCAACAAGGUUCAGUUGUAUAGGUAGACUCUACCUUAAUCCAAUCUACCAACUAUACCUUGGGUUUUGACGGUUUGAUACCAUUGCCACGAUAUCCGUAGUCAAACUGCACCAGUCAACGUUGCAAUCCAAAACAAUUUAACUGAACGAGUCAAUUACAUAUUAUCCGUUAUUUUUACAAUUUUACAAUGCAGGAUCGAAUAAAAGCUUGAGUUUUAAUGGAUUAAACAAAUUCACAGUGAACUGAUGCACGCAGUAAUCAGUGGCCACAUAGAUCCCUUUAUCCCGAAAAGUCUAUUGCGGCCAUCGCUUGACAUGUUCAACCAAAUACUUAUUCUGAUAGAAAUUUAAUCGGUUCUUUUUCCAUACUAAAUAGGACUUGCUUAAUCGUUUUGAUAUUGAUUCGUUAAUUCUCAAAAAUCGGUCGUACCUUUCAUCUUAAUAUCGUUUUAGUUUCGUUCGAAAUUGCAAUGGAAACACCGCUUCGCUACUCUUUAUUUUGUAUAAUACUGUCAUAGUUCGGCAACGCUUUGUACGUGGCGACAACUCUGAAGUGUAACACACGCUACUUUAUCUCUUUGUUUCUCUGUAUGUGUGUGUGUAUAUAUAUAUAUUACAUAGCAUAUGCAAAUGUAUGCAACCCAUAUAUCUGUGCAUGUGUAUGUACGAAAAUGUGCGUAUGCGCGCGCGCGAGCCAUGCGAUCUAAAGCUGAUACGAAGGUACUGUAGAAAGAAAAAAUAGGGUAUAGUUACCACGAUCUUUCAGUCGCUUAAUUUACAAGCGAUUCGAAAUAAACGAGUGAUGGAAGGAAAACAGACAAGAAUCAAUUUUAGAUCGCAAAGAAUUCUCCGUGGACCUCUAGCGUAAGAAAUAUUUGCGUACAAUCACUAACUAGCCGUUAAAAAAGUAAAACAAGAAACGGGACAAAAGCAAGAAUGCUCGUUCUGUGAGACGGAACUUGUAUACCUUAUUGUAUAAUACGAAAAAUACUACCGCGCCCGAGUUCGCUCUUCGAUUGAGAAUCGAUUUUAUCGGCUCACUUUCGGGAUCGCUGUCAGCAUCGCGAAGCGCCUGUUUAUAUGUAGAUAAAAACGCGCACUGGUGACUAUAGUGCUGACUCUAGUGACUCUAACUGAAUAAAUAAUAGAGAAAAUAACGUAUGUAGGAAAUGAGAAAACCAUUGAAGAAAAGAGUAAUAGAACGAGAUGAAUGCAAGCAAAAUGUGCUAGAACGAAAAAAUAAAAACGAUACCGUGGUCCGAGCGAAAUGGGCAGAGUCCGAUUUACUGUUGUAAAUUAAAAAUAAUAUAAUGGUGUAAAGAUUACCAAAAAAAGAACCAAAAACAAAAAAAAGACAAAACUGGAACAGAGGAGACAAAACGAAGUGUAGGGAAAAACGAAAUACAUAAGUAGCAUUUUUUAAUGACUUUGUGAUAACGUUAUACCGUAUAUAGGAUUGGACUAGGGUCGCUUUUUAACGUAUGUAUGUAUAAUAGAAAUAAGCGUGGUAUGAGAAACUUAAUGAUGCAAAGAUUUUGAAGUGAAAGAAAAUCAUAAGAAAGGAAAGAAAUUGUUCAUCAGGUGACACUUCACUAGCGUGCACGCGAUCAUUCUAAUUUUCCUUCUUUCUUUCUUUCUUUCUUUCUUUCUUUCUUUCUUUCUUUCUCUCCCCUCUUCAUCACUCGUACCAAGGAGGUACUUACGAUUCACGUUUUUAAUUAUGAUCUCCAGUACAUAUGUUCGAGUUUAUAGACGAAAUACGUACUGACGGGUAAAAGAAAAAAUUGUACGUGUGAGUACACAAUGAGAAGAAAACGGAAGAAAAUUGGGAACAUUCGAAAAAUGGUUUACGAUCGUUGACAUGGUGAUCACAUGUUGGAAAGUCAUGUGAUUGUAUACGAAUUAAUCUUGAGUCAGUAACCAUUUUUGUUACGUUAAAUGCGACAAAUAUAUAUAAUUUUACGAAGUACGUAACAGGAAAUCAUUGUAUAUUGUUAACUUUGUCUCUUGUCUGUAUAGUGUUUAAGUUUUUAAAAACGACGUAGAAUGCGGGUCAGGAUAUAUUCUGUUAAGAAUUUAGAAGUUUUAAUUGAUCCUUAAUGGUUCAGAAUUUCUAUACGAGAACACUUACGUCGUUACUGAUGCAAGAUUAACUCAACGGCGUCACUGUAAGGUACUUAAUUUCAUUGUGAACCUAGAGAAGCAUACGAUUCCUGCAUAGAAAAGCAUGAAAAAGAGAGAAACAGGAUCUUGAAGAGUCCAAAAAUGAUAGCUAGGAUAUUUUUUACGGUAAAACUAAUCCAGUCUGCGUGUUCCUUAAAUUUUUCUUAUUGUCAGUUCAACAAAGACUUUACAUAGCGUCACUACAUCUGCAGUGUCACUGUAUUAUUCAAAUAUCAAGAAAAAUGAAUCAUGGCUCGCUAAUGAAACAUCGCAAGCUCUCCCUCUAAACUAGAAAAUAUUGAAAAUCGUAAAGGGAAGAGAACGAUGUAGUAAAAGCUUCGUCUUCGACUUGAACUAGAUCCGAUCGCUUGUUUUACACGAAAUGAUUGUGAAUUUCAUAAAUUGAGCCGUAUCAACAAGACAAAUUUCGUUGCAAAGUAUAAUCAAAUUAUUUUUUAUAUCGAAUCACUUAUUGACUUAUGCACGAGGGAAAAAGUUAAUGAUGGAUUCUAGGAUUGACGAAUAAUUAGAAUCACAGAGACUAAUAAAUAACAUAGUUAAAUCGCCUGGAUUUGUCUUGUGGAUAUGAUUUAAAAAAUCUAUUCGUUAUGUACAUCGAAGAACGAAAGUGCAUCGAAGAACAGCUGAAGUGCAUAAGCGAUCAUGGCUGGCUCUCUUUCUGUUGCUCAUUUCCACGAAUCGUCCAUUCGUCAUUUCCCCUAUCCUUUUAUUAUUAAAGGAUCCGUCGAAAUUUUCAAUUUAUAGCUAUAAUCGAUUAGAGAAUCUGAUUUCUUAGAAAAUUCUCUUUUUAAGUAUAAUAAUAAUUUAAGCGUCAUCCGAUGACACUAAUACACGAUUUACACGCACGCGUCAAACCAAAUGAACGGAGCAACGAACAUUUACUUUUUGCAUAUUUGCAGAGAAGUGUAAAAUAAUAUGUAAGAUGAUUCAUUAAAAACAGAUCGGAAACAGAAUAGAGUGGAAAUGAAAACAACAUUUAUUCAAAGUAUGUAAGAUAAUUAAAGACCGAAUCCAUAAUGAAACCACGUAUCGUCACAGUCUUUUCUAUUUCAUUCGGUAUCCAUUGACAUCUUUGUGAGCAAAAUUUCAGCUGUUUACCUGAGGUAUGACGAUACCUACCUAUACGUACAUGUACAGUAUAAAUCAAUCCACCUAAAUACCGUUUCAAAAGCUUGGUUUAUCCAUAAUCUCAUCGAACAUUACGGUCAUUACAUACGUAGAACCAUAUGUUUUUCUGCCGUUUCAGACGAUAUACUUCCAGCGAUUCACGAUCACAUGUUCCUCUUCAUCAAAUUGAACCUAGAAAUAUUUCGGGGCAUCGAAGUCAGCUAUGGAGCCAUCUUCCAUAAGUUAUCAAAUCGAAAAUUCCUAAUAACGUCCCCAGACUCGUGUCUUAUCAGUCACUCCAUGUUAAUUUAACAUUGAUUAUAUUUUAUUCUACGCUUUUAAUUUAUUUUUCCAUAAAGAGUUAUUCUCCUACUCGUUUGUACGAUACUUUUGACCGUAUCUCGCACGAUUUUUGAUGGAUCAUCUCAUAUUGAUCGUAACGUAGGUGUUCGUUGCGUCAUAUUCCGUGCCAAUUACCAAAGACGUCUCUUUAAUUAAUCGAUGUACUUACGCACCGUGUUAACAAUUAACUCUUCCUCUUUCACACACAAGCACGUUCAGCCGAUAUACAUAAAUAUAUAACAAUUAAUUAAUUGUUUACGUGGAGUUACACGUUUUCUUAAGUUUUUUUUGUACACGUGAAUACAAAUGGAGCCUAGUCAGAAGUAACAUUAUGAAUUAAUAUAGAAUCAUAUUUUUCUUUCUUUUUUUUUAUAUUUCAUUCAUUUACCAAAUUCUCUUCAGCACGUAUGUUGAUUUCGUUGUUAGACAAAAAAUGAAAGAAAAAGGUCGGGAAAAACAGUGCUGCUACGUUGAUCACCAUUAGUACGAUUAUACUUAUUAUUAUUGCUAUACCCCACUUUACCAAUUAUUAUCGUUGUCCUCAUUAUUAUUACAAUUGUUACUAUUAGUUGAAUCAUUACAAUUUAUCCCUAUUACUCUGUUGGUAGAUUAUUAAUGUUAAUUGCGACGUAAUUAUUACUAUAGAUACGAUUCUUGGUAGUAUCGUUAUUGUAAAACUUUAUUCUUAUCAUUAUUAUUACUUUUAUAUGUUAUUAUUAUUUAUAGGAAUGGUGUUUAGAUUAUUAUUAUUAUUAUUAUUAUUAUUAUUAUUAUUAUUAUUAUUUUAUUAUCAUUAUUAUUAUUAUUAUUCGUAGAAGCUUUGUUUGUUAGAUGAAAAUUGUGACGCUAAGCGAAUUACUUCGAUCAUGGUGCAAUAAAAAACUUUUGGAUCGAUUUUUACGAAAGCUUCGCAAGAAAAUGAAACGAACAAGGAUCACUCGUCAUACGUACUUAAUAAAUCGUCGUACUUGUCGAUUGUAGAAAUCUACAUAUUUAUUUUUUAAUGUCAGUUUUUUGUAUAUUUUGUAUGAUUUAUUUUUUUUAAUGAAUUUCAGCACGUCCAGUGAAUAUCAGAGAUAUAUAAAUUUAUACGAGCUACUCAGGAACCAAUCUGAUCCACCUUCUGAAAAAUUCUUAAUUUUAAUAAUAGAAUAUAUAAUUAGUGUCUAACUUUUUAAAAACCAAAUGAUUACUUCUGAAGUCGAUAAAUUUGGUUAUUGUGUGGCUCGUGUAUAAAUUCAAAAUAAACUGUAUGAUCCUAUUUCGUUUCGCAUUAUCGUAACUACCAUUGCUGUCAAUAGCAUUGCAAUUGGUUAAUUACUGCUCGAUUAUGUAUUAUCUUCUUUUUUUUUCUUCGUUUUAAAUGCCAGAUAUGUAUGCAUAAUUCGUAACAGUUAUCAUGUUCAACGGAUAUAUGUAUAUAUAUAUUUCAUCCCUACAAUGUUAACAGACCAUAGUACUUUAUUUUGCUGUUUUUCUUUUCCGUAGAACGUGUUUUCUUUUUUUCAAUUUUUUGCUCUACUAUUACUAUUAAUAUUACUAUUUUUAUUUUGUAAUUUUAGAGUUGUGCGUCUAACCGCGUUCGUUUUCCUUGGUGCUCUUAUGUGUGCGAAUUUUUAAAAAAUGCAGCGCGUUAAUAUGCGCUAUGAACAGACUCGAAAGACGAUCGUUCAAAAGUGACCAGGAUAAUUUGAUGUUCAAAAUUCAAUUAACAUGCAAGCAAACUGCAUGUGUUGAGGAUCGAUUGAUAUUUCAUAUUUAUACAUAAUAAAACAAAGGAAAAAAUAAAAAUUGCAAUAUUAUGUAUAAGAAAACAUAGUUUGACCUUAUAGUUAGAUAGAGAUUAUAUCUCAAAUUGAGCAAAUUCUAUAACAAUUUAAGCUUUCAUUCGUAUCGUAGGUGAUACGAGAAGUUUCUAAAGAUAAAACAAAAAAUGCUAUCGUGCCAAAAUUUCUCAAUAAUGAAAAGAAAUGGAUGAUCGUCGUUCGAGGUCUCGAUCACGACAAAACCGAAUAUGCUUUCGCGUGGAAGAUCGACGAAAUUCUAUCAACCGCCUGAAAUAAAAAAAGAAGAAAGAAAGAAACACCACGGUGAAAACGAUCGUGAAUAAAAUCAAAGAAAAACCAAAUUUCACCGCCAAAACCGCAAACUAAUAGCAAAAUCCUUUUUCUUGUCCCUGCGCACUAUAAAGGCUCUACACGCGUGUGUAUCAUGCGUAUGUGUGUGUGUGCGCGUGUAAUGCAAACAACCUAUAUAUGUAUAUAUAUGCAUAUGUGUGUGUGUGUGUGUGUGUGUGUGUAUAUAUAUAUAUAUAUGUAUAUAUACACGCAUAGAUAUAUAUGCAUAUGUAUAUCACGCCUGGGCAUUACGUGUGUUUCUUUCGUGUAUGUGCAUAUAGAGAUACAUGUACAAAUAAUCAAUGUAUAUUUUACGUGCGCUAUAAUCGUUCUUGUUGAACGUGAUCAUCCGCGUCACCCAUCGUUAUGUUUAAAAUGCUUGCGUUUAUAGAAAAAAUAGUUCUACAUAUUUUUUUUCUUUGUUUUCUGUUUAAUUUUUGUUUCAAUAUCUAUAUUUAUAUAUUAUAUAUAUAUACAUAAAUAUACAUAUAUAUGUAUAUAUGCAUAUAUAUAUAUAUUUUUUUUGUUCUUUAUCUGUUUUCUUUUUCUUUCGCUGUAUCUUCUUAUUGUUAGCGCAUCAAUGGUAUUUGCCGACUAUCAUGAUCGAUCGACGAAAUAAGGGGAAAGUAAAUAUCGUCGAUCUUAAACAUGUUCUUUUUUUUCUUUUCCCAUAUAUCCUUUUCUUGUGGUAUACCGGAGAUCAGCAUGUGGCGUAUGUUGAAGUAAUAAUACAUUGUAUUUAUUUUGUUGGUUUAA